AUGAAGCUUAUACAAGCGCUCCGCUGGCGUGGAGUGGCUGCGUUGGGAAAUCGCUUUCCCGCGCAGCCGCCACGCGGCCCUGGGCAAAUGAGACAUUUCAGCAAAAUGGCGGAAGCAAGCUCAAGCGCAGGUGAAUCGAGGAAACCUGCGGUACCGUUGCAAGAAGUCUUGCCACGUGAUGGCUCUCGCGAUGACUUGAAAGUGCUUCCGAACGACCCAGACACGCUCCGGUUACGAGUGAAAUCCAUCGCAAAAAUCACGGACGAAGAGCAGCACGAGUUCGUUUUCAUGAUGAAUCGAUACGGUGCUACUGUUCUCGUUCAAGAAGACUUUGACGAUGGCUUGCAAGCAUACAAGACUUUGGACCGAUGGUUCGGUCGCUACAUACAUCACGAUGCCAUGAAUGAGUUUGGCAUCGUAGAGAUUAAUCCCGCCAAGCCGACCAGCAUCAAUACCGCGAACCCGAUGAAGGAACACUUGCCUCACACGGACGACGCUUACACAGAUAGCCCUUCCGCGUUCCUUACGUUGCAGUGUCGCCAAUCUGCCCCCUCUGGUGGCGGCGAGUCUGUGCUGGUUUCUGGCGCGGAUCUUGUGGCGGCUCUCUCCAACGAGGAACUGAGAACGUUGAUGCAGCCCGGCAUGGUUUCUAUGGGCCGCAGACCAGCCGGAGAUGGAUCCUGGAUGAAAGUCAGCUCCAUACCGCUGUUCUGGGUAGACAAAGACUCUGGGUGGCUACAGGUGCGCUGGCGCUGCAAUGAUGGUUGCCUGGGCGACGUGGCCGAAGAAGUGAAGCCUUCUUACGAGCAGAUGGAUGCGAUCGCCCGGAAAGAGGUGCAUCAGCUGGUGGUGCCUCUGGUGCCGGGGGAGAUCCUGGUUAUCGACAAUCGUGCCGUCGCACACGGCCGAAGGCCUUACGAGUCGGACGAGCCACGGGUGAUGUGGCGGAAGAACUAUGUUGGUAACGGGGAGUUGGAAACACAGCUGACCAGCGGCAUGUGCGCAACCUUUUCCAGUAUGUUCGACGGGCUUCACAGCAUGUUCGAUCCUUCGUCUUGGGAUCCUGCCAAGAUCAAGCUCUAG